CGUCUGCAUUCAAGAAAUAUGGGUGUAACAAUGGCUCUAUUUUACCUAACUCUUGUUUUAUCAAUCCUCGGUGCAAAUGGUGCUGGAGUAUUUAGUGUGCUCCAUAGCCCCGAGUCCUUAAAAUUCUCGGGUGCGUCUGAAGUCGAUGAAAGCUUACUAAAAGAAGUAUUGUCGGCUGGUUUUGGUCUAUCCGUUGACAAGAACUCUGCAUGGAAUGGAUUAUCAAUAGUAGAUCCAUUCAACACUCCAGAAGCCAUUGUCGAAGUUUAUGUCGAAGGUGUAUCUAGCCUUGGCAGUAUUGUUGAAGCAAAAGCGAGAAAUUAUCCAUUAGUCGUGGAUGAGUAUGAGCCGGACACAUUCAAAGUUAUCAAACACAGAAUUGAGCAGCGAUUCAGCAAUGGUGGUAACACCCUCAUAAGUAUCCAGCUGUCCAACCCUGGAGAGUUCCAGUCUUUCUCUGGCGUGUUUGGUGAACUGUCGCCACCAAAGGUUCCGAAACAAACACUACAACAUUUGAAAAGCGAUGUUGAAGAAGACUAUCAAUUUUUGGCUGAAUUAGAGGCUUUGAAACUUUUCAUUAGCAAGGUAAGUUUUGCUACAAUGUGUAUCUAGCCUUGAGUGUUUUCA